AUGCCAUCUGUUAAUACUUGUUGCGUUCCUGGAUGCUCGGAGAUGAGCGCAUCUACGCGCAUACUUCAUAGUUUUCCUAAUCCAAUGAAGGACCAUAAACGUUUUCACACGUGGAUAUCUAACAUUGGUGCGCCUGAACUCGCGGGAUUAACAAAUGAAACCAUUUAUAAAUGUCGCCGUGUUUGCCAUGCACACUUCGAGCGAAAAUAUUGGUGUCGUUAUGAGAGGAUUUCAAAAGUAGCGAUUCCUACUUUAAAUAUACUACAUAUAGAAGAUAAAUAUAAUCCAGAUGUUGCUUUAAAAUCUGGUGAAGCACCUAGUUUUUCAAGCUUUAACACUAGAGAAAUGGCAUUGUGCGAGAGUCAAUUGGAUUCGGCGUUGCCUCAGAUUAAGAGGGAGGUAUCCUCACCAUGCAGUGAGGGUGAGGUGUCCCCUGAGAAGAAGCCGAAAUUGGAGCCGAAUGGAGACGUAUAUGGGCUUAAAAAAGUUUUCAAGAUGGGUAAAACAAACGCUGAAAAAUGUAAAAGCUACUACUAUCGAAAGAAAGCUGCCAAGGAGGCUGAGAAAAUUCGCCAGGGCUUGUCGGUAAAAAGGCCAACAAGAAAAACAGGCGCAGAACGUACUCGUGCCUGUAGGCUGCGAAAGAGAAUGACUGGGAUUUUAUCCGUCCCGUCAACUUCAAAUCCACCACCUGCCAGUGUUGUUACAAACCGACCGGAUGUCUCAACGGUGUCCAGUAAUGGUGUUGCUGACCAUGAUGUUGACACUAGAGAAAUGGCAUUGUGCGAGAGUCAAUUGGAUUCGGCGUUGCCUCAGAUCAAGAGGGAGGUGUCCUCACCGUGCAGUGAGCAUCGGAUGUCCCCUGAACCGAAUGAAGACAUAUAUGGUCUUAAAAAAGUUAGCACUACAGAAAUGGCAUUGUGCGAGAGUCAAUUGGAUUCGGCGUUGCCUCGGAUUAAGAGGGAGGUGCCCUCACCGGAGGAGAGUCGGCUGUCCCCUGAGAUGAAGCCGAAAUUGGAACCAAAUGGAGACGUAUAUGGGCUUAACAAAGUUGACACUGGAGAAAUGGCAUUGUGCGAGAGUCAAUUGGAUUCGGCCUUGCCUCAGAUUAAGAGGGAGGUGUCCUCACCGUGCAGUGAGGAUCGGAUGUCCCCUGAGCCGAAUGAAGACAUAUAUGGGCUUAACAAAGAUCCACCUACAACCUCAAUUUUGGGUUCAAGAAGUCAACUGAGUCCUAUUGAUAAUACUACAAUUAAUACACCAUCUACUUCUAAAGUUUCCGAGAUGCCUUCGAGAAAUGCUGUGAAGUGUAAAAAUUAUCGUAACCGAAAAAAAAGUGCAAAUGUAAAAAUAAAAAAACCAUUAACGUCCGCAGAAAGGUCUCGGAUGUAUAGGUUGCGGAAAAAACAACUCGCUCAAGGAAUUAAAUCAUCUUUAAAUGAAGUUUGUACUCCACCAACUUUCAAUUCGCUAAUGACGUCUGAACAAUCGCCUCAGCCUGUUACUAAAGAACACCAGCACUUGAGGUACAACCCACUCAAGGACGAAUGGAUCCUAGUCUCGCCGCACAGAUGCCUUCGACCCUGGAGCGGGCAGACGGAGGAGCCGCCAGAUGACCCACCCCCCGACCCCAACAACCCGCUGAGAGCGGGCUCUGUUAGGGCCAACGGAAAGCGCAACCCCGACUACACCUCUACCUACGUGUUCCCGAACGACUUUCCCGCGCUUCUUCAGGGCAUACCCGGCCCCCCCGCCCCCGACCACCCCCUGUUCCAGGCCGCACCGGCGGAGGGCACGUGCAGGGUCAUGUGCUUCCACCCGGAUUCGGCCAUGACGAUACCGCUCAUGUCCGUGGAGGAAAUCCUGGCGGUAAUAGACGAGUGGGUGGCGCAGCUUAAGGAGCUGGGCCGCCGCUUCAAGUGGGUGCAGAUCUUCGAGAACAAGGGAGCCAUUAUGGGAUGCUCCAACCCCCACCCCCAUUGCCAGAUAUGGGCGUCCGGUUUCCUGCCGAACGAGCCGCGCAUCAAAGACAGAUGUCAAAGGGAAUAUUACAAAAAGCACGGAACGAACAUGCUAGCAGAUUACGUUCAGGAAGAGUUAAAGAAAAAGGAGCGUAUAGUGAUUGAGAACUCUGAAUGGGUCGCCCUGGUGCCUUACUGGGCGGCGUGGCCGUACGAGACCAUGGUGCUGCCGAAGAACGGCCGCACGCAGAGGAUGUCAGACCUGAGCGCAGAACAGAAGAGAGGAUUGGCGGAGAUAAUGAAGCAUCUGAACACGAAAUACGACAACCUGUUCCAGUGCAGUUUCCCAUACAGCAUGGGCUGGCAUGGCGCCCCUACCGGCCCCUGCACAUCCAGCGGGGACUCGCCCCACUGGCUGUUGCACGCGCUCUACCUGCCACCGCUGCUGCGCUCUGCCACCGUGAGGAAGUUCAUGGUGGGCUACGAGAUGCUCGCGCAGCCGCAGCGGGACCUCACGCCCGAGCAGGCGGCCGCACGCCUCCGCGGCUGCGACCAUCUGGUGCACUACAAGAAUAGAAAGAACGCCAAACAA